AUGGAUAAGGUCAAUGUUAGUGGAGAGAAUGUGAAUGAGCUUCUUCAAGCUCAAGCUCAUGUUUGGAAUCACAUUUUCAACUUCAUAAAUUCAAUGUCCUUAAAAUGCGCUGUUGAUUUAGGUAUCCCAGAUAUCAUUCUAAACCAUGGCAAGCCCAUGACUGUCACCCAGUUGGUUGCUGCACUACCGACGCUCGAUCCUACUAAGUCAUGCAACAUCUACCAGCUCAUGCGUAUUUUAGUUAAUUCGGGCUUCUUUGCACAACAAAAGCUUAGCGAUGGAGUCCAAGAAGAUGGUUAUGUUCUUACCAGUGCUUCUCGUCUCUUGCUUAAGGAUAAUCCCUUAAGCGUUACACCUUUUCUGAAAGCUAUGUUGGAUCCUGUUUUAACAAAGCCUUGGGAUUUUCUAGGCAUCUGGUUCCAAAUAAUGAUUGUACCCCAUUUUAUACAGCUCAUGGGAUGA